GUUGUGCUUCGCGGUCAGCGUCAGACCUACGUCAUCACGUUACUACUCGGCUACGCGCUUGGCUAAAAUGCUAAGCUAAGCGGUUCUUUCGCUUCUUCCCUCUGUUGUUCUUUAUAAAAACAAGGACAAGAAAACGCUGGACAAACAUCUUAAUGAAAUAAAGAGGGUUCUUCUUGGUGGUUUUUUACUUCACGGGCUUGGUCGCCAUGGCUUUGCAGCCGGGUCCCGAGGAGUUAGGGGAACAAGUGGUGGAAGAACCGGAGGAUAUGGAAGAUCAGGACGCUAGCAGUAUCUCCCCAGCCGAGGAGAUAACGCUGCCAGUCGGCCAGGGGGGCGAAGAUGAGUCGGAGCCGCUGCUACUGCCUUGGGACCGCUUCUCAGCCUGGCUGCAUUGCAUAUGUGUGGUGGGCUUCGACCUGGAGCUGGGCCAGGCGGUGGAGGUUAUAUACCCUCAUCACUCGAAGCUGUCUGAGAAGGAGAAAACAAGUAUCUGCUAUUUGUCGUUCCCUGACUCCAACUCCGGUUGCCUUGGCGACACCCAGUUCUGCUUUCGUUUCCGCCAGGGCUCCAACAGGAAGUCCUCAAUGGGCUGCUUCCUUGAGACCGCUGAUAGAGAUGCACCUGUCAGUCUGAAGAGGGACCAGGGUCAUUACUAUGGUUACGUGUACUUCCGUCAAGUACGGGACAAGUCUCUGAAGAGAGGAUACUUCCAGAAGUCUCUAGUGCUUAUCAGCCGCCUCCCCUACGUCACCUUCUUCCACUCUCUGCUCAAGAUCCUGGCUCCGGAGUACUUUGACAAGCUGGAGCCCUGCCUAGAAGCUGCUUGUAAUGACAUAGACCGCUGGCCAACGCCCCAUCCUGGUCGAGUUCUGAGUCUGCCGAUCAUGGGCGUGGUAAUAAAGGUUCGCAUCCCGACUUGCUACGACAAACCGGGUACUUCACAGCUGGUCCAGUCAACACAGACUGACAGCCAAGUGUCUAUCGUCCUACCCACCAUCCACGAGGUGGACCUCUUCAGGUGUUUCCAUCCAGUGUUUUUCCACAUCCAGAUGUUGUGGGAGCUGGUGCUGCUAGGGGAACCCCUGGUUGUCAUGGCACCGUCGCCGGCCGAGUCGUCAGAUACUGUGCUGGCAUUGAUCAGUUGUCUCUCUCCCUUGCGGUACUGCAGUGAUUUCCGUCCCUACUUCACCAUCCACGACAGCGAGUUUAAAGAGUACACCACCAGGACCCAGGCCCCCCCCUCUGUCAUCCUAGGAGUGACCAAUCCCUUCUUUGCCAAGACGCUGCAGCACUGGCCUCACAUCGUACGCAUAGGAGACAUGAAGCAAGAAGGAGAGAUGGCCAAGCAGAUGAAAGUCAGGAAACUAAAGAACCUGAAAACUCUGGACUGCAAAACAGGGGUGUACAGUGCAUUCAAGCCCUUCCUCAAUAAAGACGAAGACAUCCUCAAACAACUUCAGAAGGGUGUCCAGCAAAAAAGGCCGUCAGCAGCUCAGAAUGCAAUUCUCCGUCGCUACUUCCUGGAACUGACGCAAAGCUUCAUCAUUCCUCUGGAGCGCUACGUAGCUAGUCUCAUGCCCCUCCAGAAGUCCAUCACUCCAUGGAAAAGCCCUCCUCAGCUCCGCCCCUUCCUGCAGGACGAGUUCAUGAAGACCCUGGAGAAGGCGGGGCCUCAGCUAACCUCCAGACUGAAGGGAGACUGGAUUGGUCUGUACAGACAGUUCCUCAGGUGUCCUAACUUUGAUGGCUGGUUCCGGAACAGGAAGAGAGAGAUGAGCCAGAAGCUGGACGCCCUACACCUAGAGGCCCUGUGUGAGGAGGACCUACAGCUGAGGACUCUGGAGCAUACAGAGGUGGAGAAAGUGGACCUGGUCCUCAAGCUCAAAGACAAACUGACGCAGGCAGAGAAGAACCAUCUCCCUGUGCGUCCAGGGACGGUGUCCAAACUUCAGGCCCACAUCGAAGCCAUCAUCUUGGGCUUACCGGAGGACCUGCAGGGCAUCCUCCACAGACCCUCCACUCCCUGACAUCUCCAGCCUCCGAGGGCCCCCUCAUGUAAAACGGACAACACUACAUGGAGAAGCCAUCUUCUCUGUAGAAGCUUUUAACCGUCGAUACAAACAGUGGAGACCGUCUGAACUGCGACCUAUUGAACUUUGACCCCUUGACUUUCAUGUGAAGAAAGCAGGCUGUACUCCAGUCACAUGGUUUUAAGUGAACCUGUGCGCUGGGCUUCAGCCGUUAUCACACGCAGCACAGUGUGCUUUGGAUAACAAAGCGCUGGCACAUGGAGUAUCAGAAUCUCCUUUUUUUUAAUGAAAACUCUCUUGCAACAGGAGCCAAUUAAAACCAUUAGUUGGGGUCCAAUGAACAUGCUUUCCCUUAUCCUCCCUUAAGCAAUAAUAGAGAAUUUCUUCUUUACAUUCAGAUCUUGGUCCUCACUAAUAUUUGACAUAAAAUACAUUCGAAAAGUAUUCAAUAAUUUUAUUUUUUACUUUAUUUGAUAAAGGUUUUGGUGCUAAAAGUAUUAUUUUUUGGGAAAGAUAGGAAUCAGUUUGAAAAGGAUCUGUGCCUUAUUCAAGAAAACCGUACACAACCAGUAUGACCGCAGGAUACACACAACAAUCUGUCUGUUACUCAACAAAAUAAUUGUCUAGACCAGGGGUCUCAAACUCAAUUUACCUGGGGGCCGCUGGAGGUAGAGUCUAGGUCAGGCUGUGCCACAUCAAGUAUUCCACAAAAAAAAGUAGCACAACUGACCCAAUCUAAGUUAAUGAUCAGGCUAUAAUUAGAUCAUCUUGGCUAUGUAAUCGCUGACAACAGGGGACAUUUCAUAGUGGUUGGUGGAAACCGGGACAUUUAAGCUUCCUUUGGCUUUUGUCGGGACUCAGGACACGCAACUCAAUAUUGGGACUGUCCCGGCAAGACUGGGACAUCUGGUCACCCUAUCACAAGUGAUAAAAAAGCGUGGCAAGCGACUCAGCAAAGAUGUGCGUUUGACAACACGCGGGCCACACUAACACUAAACUUUGUUAUGUAGGGGGCCACAAAAUAUCAUCCCGCGGGCCUCAAUUGGCCCCCGGGCCGUGAGUUUGAGACCCCUGGUCUAGACCAAUACUCCCAUAUUAAUAAGAUGCUUUUAAAUUGACCACCCACAUACUAAAUGUAUUAGGAAUAUUAACAGUAAAGAUGUAUACAUAUUUAAGAAUCAUGUGUAAUAUAUGAAAGCCCAACUUACCUUCACGUAAAACCACUAAGGAAAAGCAGGUAAACCUAACAUUUGGUUCUUUGGCAGCCAUCAAAUCUUUAAAUGUGUAAAUAUAGUUCACAUGUUUCUAUGGUGGGUGCAUUGUGCAGAAUAGGUGUAAAUAAAUGUCUACAAUAAUAUGUACUAAUAACUAUUUUGCUACUUUGGAAGUUUUUACAAUUGCAAUCAUGGAUGAACUAAUUUUUAUUUUAUCCAUGCAAGCUAUUAGCUUGCCGUCAUUACCAGCUGUGCUAAUAUAAACAUGUGCACCACAAUACCCAUUGAUCAAUACUAAUGUUUGAAUUUGUGUGUUGCAGUUAUUGAUAUGGUGUGUUGUUAAUAGACUGUUUCAUAUCCAGUUAUGACAGAAGUAACCAGUGUACAAUGGAUUCAGGAAUUCUACCAGAAUAUUUUCCAAUGGCAUCAAGUGAAUUCAAAUGUUCAGUCACUGUGUUCCUUGCAGAAGCACAACUCGUUCGCAUUAAAGCAGUCCAAUCCAACGUUUACAAGUCUGGAUAUUCUUUAACUUGUUUAAUUUAUUUGUUUCUAUGUAAUUGGUUGACUGGCAGACAGUUGCCCUUUAGGUAAGUCAGACAUGGUUCCCUCUUAAUCUGACAAUUUGCCAUACCCUGUGCUCAGGUUUGUAUAUGGUUGCUACUCAACCGUUAGUAGCAACCACUCUAAUCUCCAAUAAUUAGCAUAAGAAAAACCCAAUUCCAGCAAGUUAUGCAUGUAGUUUACUUGUAGGCCAGCCCGGAAAUAUUUUGGCAAUUUGUUAAUUAGCUUGAGGAUUCGAUUGACAAUUAGAGCUCUUGCACCAAGCACUGCCAUCAGCGUGCUGAUAAGCACUCAAGAGACUGUUCCAUUACAUCUCAAAGCAUUUCGGCUCGUCGGUGACCGAUCAUAUACAUGUAAUUGAGGCGUUUUGCAGCAUUACUUCAAACAUUUCAAUUACAUGUUCCAGCUUUCAAGGCUAUCCUAUAUUUACAUGACUGGAAUCUGUUUACUCGAGGAAGCUUGGAUAUCCCGUCAGACAUCUACAAAAUGUUGGAAUAGAGCUGGCCACCCAAAAUGUUGAUUAGGUCCAAUAUUUCCUGUCGGGCAUUAACUCAAUACCACUCUUGUUUAUGGCAAAUUUUGAACCUUGUAUUCAGUUAACAAUACAACAGGGUUGGGCAGUAUCAGUGUAUUUAAUUGGUUGUCCAUGCCAUCCUAUCUCAGUCAUUCCUGACAGGGUUGUCAGUGUACCAGUGCAUUUAGUUUAAAGUUAAUCAACUCUAUUACAGCAGCGGAUUCACCCAGGAACAAGAGACGGACAAAGACUGGACUGAAAAAGCAUUUAUUGAGCAGUGAGCAGUCUAAGACCUAGGCCUCUCCUUCUUGCCCUUGUACAGAGCCAGCAAGGAGACGUUGGCCACCUUCACCACCUUGAAGCGGACACCGGGGAUGUCUCCCACGGCGUGGCCCUUACGACCGAACCCGGCCACCAGGACCUCGUCGUUCUCCUGCAGGGGAGGGUGUCACAAGUUCAACAUGUGUACAAAGACCAACACCCGGUAGAACUGGUUGAUCAGAACCUGCCACGUGGAAAGUAAACUAAACCCAAAUUCUAGUAGACACGAGUCUGCCAUCUUUAUGUAAUAAAGAAAAAGCACAUUCUCUCCUUACAAGUAUCAACCUUUCCAUCUUAGUUCCCCAAAUACUUAUUCUCACUGCCCAGCAAGGCAUCUAGUCUCAAGUCUAGAAUGUACAACUAUUUAUCAGAUGCGAGAUUCAAUGGCUUUUUCUGAAAAGUAGGUUUUCAAUUGUACAAUUUCUGCAAAAGAUAAUGCAUUACACAUCAACUUCAGAAAUUACCUAAAUCUGCAUCUAGGAGGAUCAAAUAGUUUAAAUGCAAAUCAUUUAGAAAAGUUUGGACUGAACUGCAAUUUCACAACUUUGAGUGCAGCAGGUUUAUUAAUGAGACCAUAUUCACCUCAAUGAAGUUCAGACAACCGUCAUUAGGGACAAAGGCGGUGAUCUUCUUGCCGUUCUUGAUGAGCUGCACCCUCACACACUUCCUGAUGGCAGAGUUAGGCUGCUUGGCCUCAACACCACUGGGAAGAGAAACAAAACAUCAUUAGUCACCAUAACAAUGAGGGGUUGCCGCUAACUCACAUUACUGUCCUAUUCUUUCUUAAACUUUAAUGCCUGUGGCUUCUCAAUGCCUUGUUUUGAGUUGAUCGUAAUAAUUGACAGGUUGUUGCCGGGGGCAUUUUAAGCAUCCAAUAUUUUCAGAACACUGAGCACUGACAAGGACAACAUAAGAGGGAUGCUUGUUCGUUAAGGGAUGUUGUAAGCGAAUCUCAAAGUUAUAAUUUUUGCGAGUGUUUCAGUUCAUAAACAGGAUCGGAAAGUACACCUACACUUUCUCCAGGACGAUGCCCUUAGCGUGGGAAGCUCCUCCGAAGGGGUUGGCCUUGAGCGCAGUGCCCAGGUGAGCCUUUUUGUACUGCUUGUCGUGCCACUUCUGCUCCCUACGGUGGUUCCGCAGCUUCCUGGCUGUACGCAGACCGCGA